AUGAAGCCGACCAGGACACCCUCGCCCAUCCUCCCCCGUAUUGACGACUGUGAGUGCACCCCAAGUGUUCAGCACCUCUUCCGGCGCCACCACCUCCUCCAGAGCCCCAUGUACCUCAUACGGUGGAUAUACGCAGCCCUCUAUUCUCUCUACCUUCUGUUCGUCAUGCGAGUUCCCACUGACAAAGACAUUGUCGGCUACAUAGAGAACACGACCAUGGGUAUGCUGAUCCGCCCUGCAACAGACGGCAAGUCGGGUGAAUAUGAAGUAACUGUUAGAGAUUGCAAGCUGCGUGCCCUCGGAGGAUACAAGCUGAAGAAUAUGUCACUGAGGUACACGAAAGGCAAGAUUGGCGUCCAGGUUCUGUGCUUCACUCGCAACGGAGUUAGAAUUAGUAACAGGUGUCAAAUCUUUUCUACAAUUUACUUCUACCAUACCCAUUCCCUUCACACUAAGUCGCACCUGUUCUCCAAUAGCUUAUAAUAAUAAUAAUAAUAAUGCUUGGUCCGACACAUCGUGCAUAACGAUGUAAAGACUCUCCAGGAGUCAAGCUACACUUCCAUUCCUCUACAUUACGGGCUCCUCCAUUCGUCCGUGAGUGCGCUGGCUUGGGACGGUAACGUGUCCAGAUAUCUGGGCUAUGGCCAUGUCGGCACCAGAGAGAGCCUAGUGGAGGAGAGCAGGAACAUGAGCGCACUGGCAAGACAUCAAGCCAUGGAUCACUGGAAGUCACAUGGGAAGGAGUCCUUCGCUGGAAAACUCUACAGGUCACGACUGGCUCUACAGCGCGUCAUGGAGCGCCACGGUGUGGACUUAAAGUUGUUGGAUGCACUUUUUAACCACACCAUUGUGCACAGUGUGGACCAUGAUGGUAGCAGUAGGUGGUCGUUGCUGAGGUGCUCCCUCCAUCCGUGGGACACGGAAUGCAGCAUCUACCAGGCCUUCAACGCCAGUAUGAUCCGCAUUCUGCUCAUUCAGCCCAACCUGAACCCGCUGGCACCGAACACCAUCCAUUCCAUCAACAAGCCGUUCUACCAGGACCUGUACCGGGAACUGCGGAAGAUCGACCCCAAGAUGGCGGAUGUAGUCACCGCUAGUGUCAUGUUCUAG